UUCCACACAGAAUGCUGAGGACGAUGACUGAGAAGAAAAAAUGUGAGGCCGAGAGGGUGUGUCCACCUUCCAGGUCUUCUGCAGGUAGAGGGCUGCGUCUCAUAAAGGGGCAGCAGACAGUCAUUUGGACUCAUACGCUAACAGAGGUCAAGUUCCCAUACACAUAGCCACAGUUCGAGAUCAGACCUGCUCAACCAUUCAGAGAUGCUGAAAUCUUUCUGCUCACAAUCCCUGGUCAACCUCUUCCGAGAGGUCAAGGCCCCGUCCUACAGGUUGGUCCGAGGGGACAACGAUGACGAUGGCGACGAGGACUUCCACAUCCUGGAGCUGGACGACAUGGAGAGGCUGCAGGGCUCUCUGGAGAGUGCCAGCUCCCCCUGGGACUCCGCCCACCAGCCAGGCCAGAACAGGGCCACCUCCUUUGAGAUCACAGUGGCCGACCAGAGCCAGCUAUUCCGCAUUGAUCACAUCCAGCAGAUCUCCAGACACCUUCCUGUGGCUCUGACGGUGUGCAAGUGGGCACUAGUCUACUGUACGAACAGACACGGCCGAAGUCUUGGUACACUGUACAGGAACAUGGGGAAGUGGGACUGCUGCAUGCUGAUCUUCAUCAGAGACAACCGUGGACAGGUGUUUGGUGCCUUUUGCACAUCUCCUCUCAAAGUCAGCUCCUCCUUCUAUGGCACAGGCCAAGGUUUCCUGUUCUCCUUUGCCCCGUACCUGCAGGUUUAUAGAUGGACAUAUGCCAACUCCUACUUCAUAAAGGGCGGCAAGGAGUUUCUAGCAUUUGGUGGAGGAGGGGGUCGCUUUGGUCUCUGGCUUUGCGGAGACUUGAUCCGUGGACGGAGCCAGAGGUGCGAAACGUUUGAUAAUGAUCUCCUGUCGUCGACCGAAGACUUCUUUAUUGAUGAGCUCGAAGUCUGGGCCCUUGUCUGACCCCGGCGGAUGAUGAAACGCCACAACUACACGCCACCACGAGGCGGCGGUGACGGAAGACGAGAGUCAGGAAGCAAAGCAGGCAGCAUCAAGGCCCGCCGCUUUUAGACGGUGAUUAUGAGAUUCGCCAUUCUCACUGAUAAAUGAAAUGGUGCUCGCUGAUAGAUGGCUUUCUGCUGAAUCCUCAGACAUGUUAAAUUUGCUGGAAAAGUAGUUUCACCUAAAUAAGCAAGCCAGUCUUGGCAAGACUAGUAAGAAUGGAGAGCUUUGUGUUUGGGACAAUACUGCCUCCUUCUGGUUUAAAUUGAAAAUGACCCAUCAGCAGAGUGGGAGGCAUGAGAUGAGUGAAUCACCACUAGAGAGAGCUCUUAUCUCAUGCUAGACAUAAGUUGUGUGUGUGUGUGUGUGUGUGUGUGUGUGUGUGCACUCUACUCAUCUGGCUACUCUUUAGGCUCCUCUGCUCUGCUUCACUAUGAUAUUCUCUGGAUCAACACCCACUCACAUGAGGGGGCCUGAGGACCUGAGGAUUUGUCAUUGUGCAUUAAUCCUUUGAGAAGAGCUGAAGGCGUGACGCUUCGAACGAGCCAACACCACUAUCAUACACUCAUACAUAAUAACCAGCAUUACCACACAAGCAGCGCAAACAUAUAUCAUUAUCUCUCCAACACCCAUCUGUUUUUUAUUUAACACACAUUCCUGCAUGGUUGCGCUUAUCUUACACACCUUCUCGAUCACUCGUACACACCAUGCAUGUCAUACAACCUAGUGCCGUUAACCUAGGAGUUUUGUUGCCAGGGAAACCAAGCUGCAGUUACUGCAUGUGCAGUCAUGUUUCAUUUUUUAACCGUCACAUGGCAGGACUACAGCAUGUUUACACUUUAAACAGAACAGUUCAGUGUUUGCUUCCUUGCGAUAUGAACAGAUGGAGACCAACUGUAAACUGCCAUUUUAGAUUCUGUUCCUUGUUAUUCUUACCAUUUAUGCAUGUAAAGUACAUAAAUUGUGAUUAAGGAAAGCAGAUGGCUAAGACCGACUGCCCCAGGAUAAGCUGAUAUUCUAGGGCUAGCUAGGCUAUAUCAUGUGUGAAAAGCUAAAUGCUGAGAGGUCAGUCUGACUUGAAGCACCUGUUGCUAUAGAUAUUGUGAAGUGCCAUGGAUGCACUCCACAGAAGACAUAGACUAGAGAGUGCAUGAAUGUGUCACAAGCCUCAAAUUUGCCCCUCUGAACAUUGAGACUUCAGGAGCAGAAUUUCAGGGGAGGCCAUGCUCGUUCUGCGCCCACCAGUUUCUCUGCCUCUUCAUUGCUAUUGUAGAUAGUGUAAUCAAUAUGAUUUGUUACAUCCUCGAUGAGAAGUCAAUAAGGAGACUGUCCCUCUGUCAAGUUCAUAAAACCUCCAUCUGUAAGAGAAUAAAUUGCUGUCAUAAAAAGCCUCGUAUGGUGUGGAGAGGUACUUCUCUGAAAUGAGCUGGAAUUUUCAGAAUUUAAACGGAGGACUAUU